UAGAGUGAGUCUGAGGCUGACUUCAGUCUGUCGAGUCUCAAUAAGGAGAUCGUAUCACUCUGGAGUUACUGGGGAAUUGUGUGCUUCUUGUUGGACUGACAGUUGCUCCUUCUGGGUUUAAUAUGAUUGUUGUGCAUCUUUGUUUAUUUGCGACUUUUUGGAGUGCGGUGUGGGCUAUCCAUCCAGACUGUGCUAUUAUCACUCAGCUGAUACAGGAGGAAGAAAUCUGCACUCAGACCAAGAACAGAGAGACCAACCAGACCCAACAAACAGGAUGUGGAACGGAUUGGGAUGGGAUACGGUGCUGGAAUACGGCCAACACUGGACAAAUCCUCAAUGUUUCCUGCUCAGAAGUCUUUCAACAAUUCUCCAACAAUCAAGGUUUUAUAUACAGGAACUGCACGUCUGAUGGCUGGAGUGACCCGUAUCCUUCAUAUGAUGAGGCUUGUGCGUUUGAAGAUGAUUCAGAGUCUGGAAGUGUGACAACCUACUUCUCAACUUUGAAGCGGCUGUACACAGCAGGAUAUGCAACAUCACUUAUAUCGCUCAUAACAGCUGUUAUCAUCUUUACCUACUUCAGGAAGUUUCACUGUACCAGAAACUACAUACACGUCAACCUGUUUGUUUCCUUCAUAUUACGGGCCAGUGCAGUAUUUAUCAAAGACGCUGUUCUGUUCUCAGACGAAACCCAGGAUCACUGCCUAAUGUCCACGGUGGCAUGUAAAACCGCUGUAGCGUUCUUUCAGUUCUGCAUUCUCACCAACUACUUCUGGUUGCUGGUGGAGGGCAUGUACCUGCAGACGCUCCUCGCCCUCACGUUUGUAUCACAGAGGAAGUAUUUCUGGUGGUAUAUCCUCAUAGGAUGGGGCGUGCCAUCGGUUGUAUUGAUCGUGUGGGUAUUGACCAGACAGUUCUAUGAUAACAGAGGGUGCUGGGAUGACACAGACAACAUGAACAUCUGGUGGAUCAUUAAAGGACCGAUCACAGUAUCGCUGCUUGCCAAUAUCAUCAUCUUCCUAAACGUGAUUCGGAUAUUAGUUCAGAAAUUGAAGAGUCCUGGAGUUGGAGGCAGUGACACGGGCCACUUCAUGCGUCUGGCCAAGUCCACCCUCUUUCUCAUUCCUCUGUUCGGGAUGCACUACACAGUGUUUGCCUUUCUGCCCGAAAACACUGGGGAAAUAGUGCGUUUCUACAUCGAGCUCGGUCUCGGCUCGUUUCAGGGUUUUGUGGUGGCAUUGCUUUACUGUUUUCUCAAUGGAGAGGUACAGGCAGAGCUGAAGCGGACACUGUUGAAAUGGCAGACGCAGAGUCAUCUGAGUCCGAGUAAAAAGCGCCGCAUCACUAUUACUCAGAUCUCGAUGCAUGAGGUUGGAGGCACACAGGCUCACAUCUGCAAUGGCAACAUCACAUCUGUAUGAACUCACCUGUACAUUCCAGGUGUAAUGUCAUGCGGUUGUUCAACACUUCAAGAGCUUCACGUUUGGCUCUGGUGUCUGAAGAGGAGAUGGGUCACAAAUAGAUGUUCCAGUAGAUGUGGAAGCUGUUAGUACAGUAUUACAGAUGACUAUAGAGAUUUGAUUGAGGAAGAUUUACACUACACAUCACGUGCCUGUGGGUGGUGAAAAAGGUAGUCGAGUUGUCAGUUUAUUGACAUUUGUGUUCUGGAGUUAAAAAAUAAAGUUUGAAAAGUGAUUGUAGAAUAAUCAAAAAACUUCUCAUGCCACUUCAUUCAGGAGUCUGUAAGAGUUAAAGGUUUAAUUCACUUAAAAAUGACAAUUUGCGGUUAAUUUAAUCACCCACAGGCCAACAAUAAUAAUAUAAAUAUUACAUUUAGUUUUCCGUAAACUACAUGUAACAUUUUGAUUUAAUUUAAAGCACAAUGUGAAUUUGAUUCCACAUUUAAAAGCUUCAUAUAUCACAGCGUGAAUUAUAGGUAUCACUGUUCUUCAUGAACUGAAUUCAGGUUUCAUGGCAUUAUACUCCAGAAAUAUGGAAAAACAGUUUUCUAAUGUAUUUGCUGAACAUAUGCAUUUGAAGCAAUGGAAAUGUACUGGAGUUUUGUGUCUUCAAAAUUUUGAAUAAAGUUUUGUUUUGCCGUUAAAUGUAAUUUUGCUGUGCUACAUCAUAAUGAAUGUGCAAAAGUUAUCAUGGAU